GGCCAAUACAAUCCAGGUCCUUUUGCACGUGUGUUUUUACGCCGUGGAGUGAUCGCGUGGUGUUUGCCGAGAUUCGCUUGGCACCAUGGCACGAAAAGAAAAGAAAAGGGGAACCACUGGACAUAUUACCAGCUUUAUCUCCAGGAGGAAAGCGUUGGCGAAACUUCAGUUGACACUCAAGGAUUUCAGGCGCCUUUGCAUCUUGAAGGGGAUUUACCCCGUCGAACCGCGCUUCAGGAGGCAUGUAAACCACAGCAGUUCUGUCAGUAACACAUUUUACCUCGUCAAAGACAUUCAGUUCUUGUCACAUGAACCCAUCAUACAGAAGUUCAGAGAUUUCAAAGUGUUCAUUCGGAGAUUGAGGAAAGCCAUAGGAAAGAAUGAGAGGGACACUGCAGAACACAUCCGUAACAAUGAACCCGUCUACCGGUUGGACCACAUUGUCAAGGAACGCUACCCGUCCCUUAUUGAUGCCAUACGAGACAUGGAUGAUGCCCUGUCCAUGUGCUUCCUAUUUUCCACAUUUCCUCAUGGCAAGGUAGUCAAACCCAGCCUCGUUGGUUUGUGCAGAAGAGUGACAGUGGAGUUUUUGCAUUAUGUGCUGGAAACACGGGCACUGCGGAAAGUCUUCAUAUCCAUAAAAGGUUUCUACUACCAGGCCGAAGUUAUGGGCCAGCCAGUCACCUGGAUUGUGCCGCAUGCUUUUUCGUUCCAGCAACCUGCCGAUGUUGAUUUUAAAAUCAUGGCGACCUUCACAGACUUCUAUGUCACUCUUUUGGGCUGUAUUAACUACAAGCUGUACAAUAACCUCAACCUUUACUACCCUCCCAAGUUGCACCUCACUUCUGAAGACCAGGAAGAUGUUGGAGAAGUAGACGAAGAAGAAGGUGUUGUUGACCGCAUAGCAUCCCUCACUGAGAAGCUGAAGUCUAUGGUUUCUGCGGAGCCGUCGGAUGAUGCUCCACAGCUUGACGAAUUUCCUGAUGAUAACGGAGAAAACACAGCGGCCGACAUGAAGGACGAAGAAGAGAAGUUAAAGAAGUUUCAGAAUCUCUUCGAGGGCCUGAAGGUCUUCCUCAACCGGGAGGUGCCGAGGGAGCCGCUGACAUUUGUCCUCAGGGCUCUUGGUGCUGAAGUAUCGUGGUGCAAGACUCUUUUUGCCGGUGCAACAUUUUCCGAGGACGACCUCACCAUCACGCACCAAAUAGUUGACCGACCCAGUUUCGAGGGUGGAUACCUGAACAGGUACUACGUUCAGCCGCAGUGGGUAUUCGACUGCGUUAACUACAAAAAACUGCUACCGGUAGAGGAGUACUUUCCAGGAGUGGAUCUCCCGCCACACUUGUCUCCUUUCGUCGAGGAGAAGGAAGGGGACUAUGUUCCUCCAGAAAAAACCGCAAUGCUUCAAGGAAAGACGCCUGGAGAAAUGUCAAGUGAUGACGAGGAAGUGGAUGAAGAAUUGCAAGCUGAAAAUGAGGAGAGUGUUGUGCAUGAAGAGCAGUCAAGUGAUGAAGAGGCAGAGGAUGAUGCCAGUGAAGAUGAAGAGCUGGAAGGAGAAGAAGAAGAAGAUGAGGAAGAGAUAGUGGUAAAGAAAACCACAGAGAAGAAGAGAAAGCCAGCUGAGGAGCAGAAGGAAUCCGAGUCGAAGAAAUCUAAAAUGGCUGUCAUGGCUGGGUCUGUUGAGAAGGAAGACGCAGCGAAAAAAGCUGAGAAAAUCGCGAGCGAGGAAAAACGGCUAGCUGUUAUGAUGAUCCCAAAGAAGAGGAAACAUCUGUAUGACAAGAUUGUGUUUGGCCAGAAGCGGAAACGACGAGAGGUGGAGCACAUGAAGAAGAAGCGUGAGGAGAUCGACAAGCCGAAACAGAAAGCCAAGAAGCAGUCAUAAGUGGUGUACAUAAUGUUAUUUUGUUUUUAAAAUACAGGGAUCACAGCAGUUGA